CCCGCGCUCAUUUCUGUCCGUUAUCGCUCUUAGCCUGAUAAUCAGCCAUGCGCGCGUGCCAUCCUCGCAGACAAUCGAUGACGAAACAGUUGGUGGGGGAAGCUGUGCGCAAACGUACUCUAAGGGCGAGCGAUCGACUGACGGCGGAAGGUGCGCGGUGUGCACGCCAGGCGCACCCGGAGGGCGGGAGGCAGGACUAUCGAGUGAUGGCACUGUACGGACAUGCGGGAGCAAGGUAAGUUGACGCGCGCUGCCUCCUUAUCAUGCAAUCGGUCUGCGACAUUCCGACGUGGGCUCUGGACACAAGCACCUUAGCAGCCAACCGUCUCCUGCCGCUGAUGUAAUUGUUUUUGUCAUUUGUAUGGAGACACGUGUUUCCAUGGUGACAAGACCCUCCAUCAGUCUUGUACAAGUGUGUACAGUCUGUACUUAGCCCUGAUGGUGACAACGGAAGGUAGACUGUGACGGUUUGUGGCAACAAUGUCAUCACCUGCGUUGAGAGGUCGAUGCUGAAGUGGUCCCUCCUGUCGUCGCGUCAUCAGCCAUGCUGCGCGGUCCUGCUGUCGUCGUUGUCGCUACCUGUCUCCUGCUCCUUCUCUCCGUCUCUCCAGGUGCCUGCGACAACCUCACCUGCUACACCUGCUACACCGAGGAUGAACAGGACGACUGCAAUCGCAACGUCAGCAGGGUGGACACGAUGACGUGCGACAAGGAGCGAUACUGUUCUGUGUACCGCAUGGACACCAACGGCGUCUUCACGUUCAUCGCACGUGGCUGCAACGUGACGUGCCAGACGCAGUGCAGCACGUGGGGGGACGAGGAUUACGAGGACUACUGCACAUCCUGCUGUCAGACUAGUUUGUGCAACGUGGACAGCGCCGCCAGCCACCACUUCACCACGUGGACGUUGUCACUGCUGGUGGUGGUGACGUCAUGGCUGACGCUCGGCACGGCGACAGGGGGAGACAACCGGGAGGCGGGGCGGGGCUAACUAGGGUCUCGUGGGUUUUUGUGGUGAUUUCAGGAAACGCCAGGGAUGUGUCUUGUAUUACAAUCCUCUCCCCUUGACGGAGGGAGAGAGGGUCAAAGGAAAAUGGGGAUAGAGGAGAGAGAGUUGGGAGGGGGAGAGGAAGAGAGGACUUAAUAGCAAGUACGAUAACACACAAAUCCUAAAAUAACAACAAUGGAGGGCAGACAACGCAAGUUUACAUUUAUCACUCAAAAAAUCCGCAACAAAGAAAGUGUUAAAACUGGAGUCAGCUUUCUUUGUAAAACUCACCUGACAUUCGUAUGUACUUCAAACAUCUGUAAGAGAAAGCAAAACUGUGAAGGACAGAGCUUGGCAGAUAAAGAUGGAGACGAAAGUUCGAGGUCUAUGAUUUAACUAAAACUGCCAAGAAAUUCACUUUGAAGAGGUUUGCCUCCCUUGCGUUUACAUGGCGCUGUCAGUACACUCAGUACAGUCUGUACACACAGUACCAACAGUCGAGACAACAUCCUUUUUUUCAGACCUCUGUCUUUGUAUUUCCACCAUCUCCGAGUUAAUUUUAUUUAAAGUUUGCUUAUAAAAUAUUAUAACAUCUAAUUGAAGCUAUUUUUUGUUACCUUUUAAUGUAUUUUUAAAGCACUUUAAAGUCUUGCCAUCCACCCCUUGAAGGCUUGAGACAGUGUCCACGCUGUUUGUCUGAUUGUCUCUGGCAAGAUAAUCUAUUGUGAUGUUUGUUGUCUCAAUGCAUCAUCAUACAUUCACUUCCUGGAGUUGGAUUAUUGCAUGUCUUCACUAUUAGAGGAAAGCCUCCUGUCCUUUCUUGUUAUCGCUGGUGUCUACUGAGUUAUUAGAUUGUCUGCCUGCUAGAACUGCUGUCAAAUAUUUUAUUCCACUCACUAAUUCAGUUUUGUAUUUUUGUUUUGUCUGCCUGUAGACGUUGGUGCUCAAUCUGUAAUUCAGUUUUGUGCUGUCUGAUGCAUUUGUUGAUUUAUUAUCCCUGCACCCGUCAAGAAACCUGAUUUACAGCCCACUGCACACAUUACUCUACCUCCUUUCUCCAAAGUCAGAUGAAAGAAGGAGAAAGAAGGAUUUAAAUAUUUGUGGCGGUAACAGAACAUUUCAUGUCUUGUGUCACACCGGAAGUUGAUGACAUGUGAUGUCAGAUGGCGACACAGGACCUAUGAGGUCACAGUGGAGGCACAAGACAGGACCAGGAAGUCACAAAUGUGGAGGUUGCGCCUAAAGUUCAAACAAAACUGUUUAUAGGACAAGAACGUACAAAGUGGUUCAACAGAACAAAUGUACAGGCAAGGGAAGCCUCCUCUGUUAAACUCUUUCUUGUACUAGGAACCAUAGUGUUGUACAAUGUCUACUGUUCACAGAUUCGUUUCCAUUGCUUUUUUUUUUCUUUUUCUUCAUGUAAAUAUUUUACAGAUGAACUGAACAUUACCGGUAAUACAUGUGAUGUCUUGUCAGUUGGGCAAAGAUGGCUCCGUCUGUGUUCGUAUCUUGUCUUGUCUGGAGGGAGUCGCCCCACACAUAGAAGAAAAGACAAAUCAGGGAUGGACUGAUGGAAGAAGUGGAGGCGACAGUGAAGUGUGUAGAAUGUGAUAGUAAGUCUUGGUUAUUGUUUACCGAAGUAUACCAAUUAAAAUAUUAAUGAACACAA